AUGGGUGCCGUGCUGAAAGCAGGGUGGCAAAGCAAGGGCAGGCCUGUUGGCGGUGCUGAGCACUCAAAUGACGGCGCCAGUGCCUGUCGUCUCCAGCAGGGACAAGGGCCUCGCGACCUCAUGCCAAUGACGGGGAGUUCCUUUCUGCAGACAACCCUAAGAGCGCAGAACUGGAAUCGGCAAUGGAGAACGGCCGCGACCUUCUCACCGCCUUCUCCCACUCAGGUGCGCGACAAGCGUCUGGAUUGAACCCCCGUCACACGCGGGUGGCCAAAGGCCAAAGGCACCAUGGGGCACGACUGCCUGCAGGG